AUGGCGGCGCCCAGUGAAGUGGACGCGCCUGCCUCCGGCGAAGGCAACGCUGUGGGCUGCUGCUUCGGGUCCUGGCUAGAUGGACGAUUGGAGUCGCUGGGAGUGGACCGAGCUGUUUACGGUGCCUACAUCCUGGGUGUGCUGCAGGAGGAGGAGGAGGAAGAGAAGCUGGACGCUCUGCAGGGUAUUCUCUCUGCCUUCCUGGAAGAAGAUUCCCUUCUUAACAUAUGCAAGGAGAUUGUGGAGCGAUGGUCAGAAACUCAGAAUGUUGUCACCAAAGUGAAAGAAGAAGACGAGAUACAGGCCAUUGCUACUCUAAUUGAGAAACAGGCACAGAUUGUGGUGAAGCCCAGGAUGGUGUCAGAAGAGGAGAAGCAGAGAAAAGCUGCCCUCCUGGCCCAGUAUGCUGAUGUAACGGAUGAAGAAGAAUAUCCUUUUUGGAGUCUCAGCACCAUUUCCUGUGGCUCAAGACAGAAGCACUUGCUGGUUUAUUGUGUGCUUUGGGAGGCUGCCAAUCCCCCUCUGUAG